UAAGUCUCCUCCGGCCGGGACUUGAGACUAUAAAAUGAAGGAAACAGUCAGUACUGAGUUGGAGUUUGAUUUCGAACUAAUCUGACGUUUUAAAGCAGGUCAAAUGCUCUGAUCGCUGCACACACAGUGAGACGUCGCUGUCGCCUGUCAGUUUCCUCUCAAUUCCAAGCACCAAGCUUUCACCCGGGCUGCACGGAGCUCACCAUGGCUGGGGACGGCUCCGACCAGCGGGCGCUGCAGUAUGAACAAACUCUGAUGUAUGGGCGCUACACCCAGGAGCUGGGGGUGUUCGCCAAAGAAGAAGCAGCUCGACUGAGGGAGAGUGGGCAGAGGCGUUCGGUCAGUGAGCGAAGCCGAAAUUUGGACCUGCUGGAAUAUGGCAAAGGACGCUGUGCUAAGUGUCGCAUUUGCACUGUUCGCUGCCAGAAGUUCCUGAUCUCGCGGGUCGGGGAGGACUGGAUCUUCCUUAUCCUGCUGGGACUCGUCAUGGCGUUGGUCAGCUGGGUGGUGGACUUCUGCAUUGCCAUCUGCCUUCAAGCACAGAAGUGGAUGUAUGGUGGCCUGGACAGUAAUGUUUUCCUGCAGUAUCUGGCCUGGGUCACAUACCCUGUAGUACUCAUCACCUUCUCAGCUGGCUUCACUCAGAUUCUUGCUCCGCAGGCUGUUGGUUCAGGUAUUCCAGAGAUGAAGACCAUCUUGCGGGGAGUAAUACUGAAGGAAUACCUCACCUUCAAAACGUUUGUGGCUAAAGUCAUCGGCCUAACCUGCGCCUUGGGCAGUGGAAUGCCCCUGGGCAAGGAGGGUCCGUUUGUCCACAUUGCCAGUUUGUGUGCAGCUCUCCUCAGCAAGUUCAUGUCUCUAUUUGGAGGAAUUUACGAGAACGAGUCAAGGAACAUUGAGAUGCUAGCCGCAGCUUGUGCAGUGGGAGUUGGUUGCUGUUUUGCAGCCCCGAUAGGAGGUGUUUUGUUCAGUAUUGAAGUAACUUCCACAUUCUUUGCGGUGAGGAACUAUUGGAGAGGUUUCUUUGCUGCGACCUUUAGUGCCUUCAUCUUCAGAGUGCUUGCUGUUUGGAACAGAGACGAAGAGACAAUUACAGCCCUGUUUAAAACUCGCUUCCGACUAGAUUUCCCAUUUGACCUCCAGGAGUUGCCUGCUUUUGCUGUCAUUGGCAUUGCCAGUGGUUUUGGCGGAGCUUUGUUUGUGUACCUAAAUCGACUUAUUGUCCAGUUCAUCAGAAAUCAAAAGGCCAUCAACAGAUUCCUCAUGAAAAAGCGUCUUCUGUAUCCGGCACUGAUAACUCUGCUAGUUUCCACAUUAACGUUUCCACCCGGCUUUGGGCAGUUCAUGGCUGGCAAGCUCACCCAGAAGGAAUCGCUUGUGACUUUGCUUGACAACCGCACUUGGGCCAAACAGGGCAUUGCUGAAGAGUUUGACUUCAUGGGACACUCCCAGGCCUGGCAACAUCCGCAGGUCAAUGUAUUUGUCACACUGGUCAUCUUCAUUGUCAUGAAGUUCUGGAUGUCUGCCCUGGCCACAACUAUUCCAGUACCCUGUGGGGCCUUCAUGCCAGUAUUUGUUAUAGGAGCAGCAUUUGGUCGUCUGGUGGGAGAAAGCAUGGCGGCCUGGUUCCCAGAUGGCAUUAACACAGAUGGCACCAUCUACCCCAUUGUGCCAGGAGGUUACGCUGUUGUUGGUGCGGCAGCAUUGUCAGGGGCGGUGACCCAUACAGUUUCCACUGCAGUGAUUGUGUUUGAGCUGACUGGGCAGAUCUCUCACAUCCUGCCCGUGAUGAUAGCAGUGAUCCUCGCCAAUGCUGUGGCACAAUCGCUGCAGCCCUCCCUCUACGACUCAAUCAUCCGUAUCAAGAAGCUGCCCUAUCUCCCAGAGCUGGGAUGGGGACACCAUGAGAAGUACAAUAUUCGUGUGGAGGACAUCAUGGUGAGGGACGUGCGCUAUAUCACACUCAGUUGCUGCUACAGAGACCUGCAUAAUGUCCUCCUGACGGGUCAGCUCAAAACUCUGGCGCUGGUGGAAUCAGCUGCCUCUAUGAUUCUCUUGGGCUCCAUUGAGCGUGCUCAGCUCCAGGCGCUGCUCUCCCUGCAGCUAGGACGCUCUCGCCGCCUGGAGUUCAUCAGAGAGCGGGCAGCAGCAGAGAAGAAACGUCAGUCUGUUGUCUCUAAUUCUGACAAUGAAGAUAACCUCCACAGAGCAAGUCAGGAGGUCCGCUUCCAGAUCUCUACUGAAGAAUCAACAAUCAGCCCGACUCGUCCAGUUGCUCUCAAGCCUUUGAAACCUGCUCUAAAAAGACCCUCUACAGUAGAGCGGCCAAUUGAUAUCCCUAUUGGCUCACAGAAUCAUUCAAACAACUCUAGCCUAAAGAACUUGUUUUGCGCCAGUCCAGAUGCAGAACUCAUGGAGAAAAACAACAAUCUCGAGAGCCCAGUGUCUCCUGACAGCAGGAGGCAGUCAAAACGAGUCCGGAUAUCAGUUGUGAAGCCACCACGAAGCCUAAGGAGUUUCUUUGGGGACGAUGAUGUGGAAGAUGACAUGACACUCAGAGAGAUUGCAGAUUGGGAGGAGAUGCAGCUUGAUGAGCAGGUCAACUUUAACAACUGCAAGAUUGAUCCCGCCCCAUUCCAGCUCGUGGAACGCACAUCACUGCAUAAGACGCACACGAUUUUCUCCCUGCUGGGCUUGGACCACGCCUAUGUCACAAGUAUUGGACGUCUCAUUGGGGUUGUUUCCCUUAAAGAGCUUCGCAAAGCAAUCGAGGGCUCUGUGACGGUGAAAGGCGUGAAGGUGCGCCCACCUCUGGCCAGUUUCCGGGAGAGCGGCACCAGCAGCAGUGAAAACGAGGCCACUGAGCUCCACAAGCUGUGGGACCGCCAAAAAAGCAUCACGUCGCUGCCCGGUGAACGCACCCCAUCAGAGUCUGACGAAAAGUCCCAGUGAUGCCCAUAAAUAGCUGAAAGAACCGUCAAACUUGAACGUGCUAAGGUCCGUAAUCGCCAAAUUCCUCAGGGCUUCGGAUCAAUAUUUAAUAGUGGAAAGUGUUCUACUGCUCUGCCGAGCUCUUCUUCUCAUAUUGUCUUUUGUGUUGCCAUAAACUCUUGAGAAAACUUGCAGGCUCCAUUGCAGAAACUCCACAGGAGAGCAGAACACAUGACAACCUGAUCACCGCUCCGCACAUAGUGAAGUCUUUUAAAGAAGAAGAAAAAAAAAAGGGAUCUCCUUACUCAGACAUUGUGUAGUUCAUGUUGCUCAUAUUAUCCGGACAAUAGUCAACCAGUCUUCCAUUUUGUCCUCCACUGUGUGUACUGUAAGAAAGGUGAUUGCGCAAUGUGACUGCACAGUUUUUUUUUUUCUAUUGCCUCAUGAAUGUGGUUUUAAUAGGCACUAUUUUUCUUCACGCCGGAGAGGCUAAUCGUUUGUCUUCUUACCACUCCGAGAUUAUGGCCAACGCAAGCAGGCAUGCCCAAUGGCCUGUAGCCAUUUGAAUAAUGUACACUCCUUAGCCACAGACAUAUGGUACACACAAAUAUGGCAGUGGCAACACUCAAGGUUUUCUGCUUAUCUAAAUAUAGCUCUUACCAAUCAGAGAAGGUUGAGAGGACGGUAAUGGAAGGAAGGACUGACGCAAGGGAGGGAAAGAACAAGUAGUAGGCAGGAAAUGGAUGACGGUAAGAUGCAAGUUAUCAUUACCCAACCAGCUGCUUCAGGCCUCCUCAUCAAUCCAUCUUUGAUCACCAUAUUUUCUAACGUCCAUUACUGUUCGAAGCCCCAUAGCUAUUUAAUGCAUGAAUCUAGGGGCCUGCACAUGACCCGAGGAUAAAUAAAGAGCAGAAUCAGUUUGAUGAAUGCAAUCAUGGUUGAAGCACUAAUUGAAAUCAAGUAUUAUCAGUUCUAAGAUGGGUAUUUCACCUUUCUCUAAAUUAUCUCUCCAGUUAUCAGCAGCAAAGUUGACUGGUGAAACCUGAGCCAUCAUAGUUUUAAUGACAGCAUGGUCAGCAAUGAGGCUGACGUGACAGACAAUAACUCAUGUGUAUUUAAUAUUUAAUGUGGGCUCAAUGGAAAGCUCUGAUGGGAAUAAUAUCCACAUCUGAGCCCGCAGAAAUGUUCCUACGGUUUUGUGCUUGUGUAAUCAUGGCGGCCACUAAAGAAAAAAUACAGUCGGCAUUGUUUUGUAAUGAGAUCAAAUUCACGUUUUUGACUUGCACACACCUCUCAUCCAAUGAGCUUUACUUCUAGUCUGAUGUUUUUAAAGGAGGUGAGGAUUGUGAUCAUAACAUUUUUUAUACCACAUCAUGACUCCAACAUAAAAUCAUAAUUUAAUGUCUUAACCAAUCAUUAAUAUUCAAUUAUUCUCAUUCUAAGAUAUUUGGAUUUUUAUAUUAAAUUGUGGAUGAUUAUGUUAUUAUUCUGCUGUCUUAUGGUGUAUUGUCCAAAACAUUUCAACUUUUUAGGAGAGGAAAUGGGGCCAACAAGAUGGCGGCCCCCCACGCACUAUCGUUUAAUAUUCAUGAUGUCAAGAGAAACUCAUGUCAAAGGGACCAACAUGUGUGUGUGUUGGUGCUCUUCUUUACAUCAUAACAAUUGGCUCUAGAUGUGAUCGAAACUUGUCCAAAGGUUGUGCCUCACCAGCCUAUCACAAGAACUAAACCAGAUCUUUCUUAUAUUUUGUGCUUCUUCAUGCAGCAUUGCAUCAUAUCGUGCUUUGUCAGCCUUACCGUCAUAAACAUUUAACAACUAUUCAUUUCAUCGGACACCAUACAGAAGGAUCCAGAGCUAGAUGCGUAUUUAUUUGUCUGGAGUGAUCAGUGCUUUGGGAUUGUUUUUUUUGUUUCCUUUUCAUAUGGUUGAUCUUCAUGUAGAUAAUCAAAUCGUGCAAUAACAGUUAUUCAUCUCACGUCACCCUUUUAGAUUGUUGACAUGAAUGCAAAGAUAACCUUAUUUUUGUAAAGAAAACUUUCAAAAAAAACUGAAAAGAUUAAUGUUUAUUGGAAGUAAGCUCCAUGUGCUUGUGUCAAUGUUUGAUUCAUUACUGGAAAGUGAAGGUUUCCCCCAAACCUUUAGUAACCACUCUAACAAUAUGACUCAAAUCAACUGUUCCUUGAGCUGUCAAGGGAAAGACACACAUUUUAGAUUAGUUGUUUAAAGCAUCUGGCCUAAGACUUAAGUCCAUGUUUAUUAACUUUGGGAAACCUUCCCUGUCUGGUUUCAUACUGGAGAGCUUCUGGUGAUUUAUGUUGCAUGGAUGCUAGUUGAUAUACUCACACAGUGAUGCAGCGUUUUUAUCAAGGUUCAUUCAUAAAUUAGAGUGGACCUUGAUUUAAAACCGUCCAUCAAUUUUUGAGGAAUCCAUUUUUUAGGGCUCUUCGGGGGAAUACGUACUGUAGGGCCAAACCAGAGAGAGCGGAGCAAUGUCAAGAGAUAUUUUUCACAAUGAAAAAUGCAUAACUUUUGUAUAUCAGGGAUGAAUAAAUGAGAUUUUAACAUGCAA